AUGAAGACCCUGGGGAAGAGCCACAUCCUUGGGAUAUUACCUUGUGCUUUCUAUCUGCCAUUGGUAGUUACCAUUCAAAAAAUUACCAUCCCAGAACACCUGAAGUCGGCUGUAGUGAAAAUCCCGGUCAACAGCACAUCCUGCAGCGUCACCUGCGGGCUGGGCUUCAAACUGGAGGAGCUGUGUGAGAUCACUGCUGAGGGCCAGAGGAGGAAUUGCAGCUUGCACAGGUCCGAGUGCCUGACCAGCUGGGUCUGUGGCUUACGCCACUUCACCGUCCCUGUGGGCAAACCCUUCCAGUUCAGCUGCCUGGCCGUGGGCACCGCCGGCUUGGGGAGCCGAGCCUAUAGCUAUAAGUGGAGGCUUGCCCGAGGCCUUAUCACCACAAACGAUGCACUGUUCAAACCUUUCCAAAACCCUGAUUCCGUCAUCAGAUUUUCCCCUAUCAAGGAGUCUGAUGCAGGGACUUACCGAUGCGACGUGCAGAUGUCGAAGACGUUCAGGAUCAUCAAGAGGGUCUACUUCGGGGUCACAGUGAUCCAGAAUGACUUGGUGGAUCUGAACUUUCAAAAAUUCUUGACUUGGGAACAGAAGUUAACAGCAAAGAAGCAGGGAGAACCCACAGAAAACAGCACCCAUGAAGAAGUGCAAGAAGAGCAGCACUUUUGUCAAGGAGAAUUGUUUUAUGAAUGCUUGGUAGGAGUUGGAAGUGGAAUGAUAGGGGGAGUCUUGGUGAGCAUGGCGCUCUGCUUCUUGCGGAAGAUGUUGAGAAGGAGAGCUGCAAAGUAA